AUGCCUGAAUUGUCAAAAGUGAUGGGCUUAGACCCAAAACUCAAUCAUGCCGCGGCGUUCACUUGUGGGCGAAUCAAGCAACAUCCCCGGUUACCUUGCUAUGCAGGCGACAAACUUGGCGUGGAUAGAGCAUUCGAGUGUAACUUUGUGCAACCACCAAAGGGUGGAGGUGAACAAUUUUGUCAAGUUAUUGAGCGGCAACAUGCCUUUACAGGUCUUAGAGAUCUGAAAGCCAAGUUGGAUGAAGACAUAGCCGAUCUGUCCAACAAGAUGGAUGAAGAGCUCAACGUGUUGAGCGACCGAAUUGAUACCAAAGUGAUGACUGUAUACAACAAAGUCAAUCAAGUCAAUGAGACAGUCAACCACUUGACUUCUCAUCAGCCCGGUACAGGCGCUCAGGGCAAUGUGGCGCCUGCGACCACAUUACCAACGCCCCCCUGGAUGUAUUCUCCUGAGCUGAAAGCUGUGGUGGAUGCCGCCGCAAACAAAUCUGUGGCACUGCGGGGCAUCACGGCUUAUACCAAUCUCAAAACACCAAACGGAGACCUGAUCAUGAAUUCCCUUUUUAAUACUGUCAAGGUCUGUCCACUCGGCACAAUCCAUUAA